GCGGGCCACUUUCCGCAGGGACAGAGCCUGGCACCCUCCCGAGGCCGAUCUCUGACCUUCCUGGGCCCCCCACCGCAUGCAGGCGCGGGGAGAGGGGUGGUCAGGCGCCUCGGGAAGGCGUCGGACCACACAUCCCAACAGUGGUGCGCGCGGGAGCACCCAGCUCAGCCCCAGGGCUCCCCCCGCCCCCCACGGUGGCCUCCGCUGCGCCAGCCAGGCGCCGGGAGCACCAAGGUUAGGGGACUCUGAGCUCCCGCGCACCGGGCCUUGCGGUAGGCAAGACAAGGCAAGAGCAGCCGCCGAGCGCCCCCCGGCCCGCUGCCCGCUCCCCCCGGCUCUCGGGGUGCGCCCCGCGCUCUGCGGGGAGGCGGGCCCGGCCCUCGUGCGCGCAGGCGCGUGCGGCGGGGCUGGGCGCGCGGCGGGCGCGGGGCAGCUCCGGGCCGGCCUGGCAGGGCAAUGGAGAGCCACUGAAGAAUUUUCGACAGGGAAAUUGAGCGAUUUGGCUCCCCUCGCUGGUUGUAGGAGAACCAAGAUGGAGGGGCAUGCUGAAAUGGAGAUGCUGAGGACCCUGCAGGGCCCCUCCACAGGGGAGGUCAGCGUGCACUUGGUGACCAGGGACGGCCCGGGAUCCGCUCCCCACCUGCCUGCUACCGCCUUCAUCAUCCCAGCCAGCUCGGCCACCCUCGGCCUGCCCGGCAAUACUCUGGAUGUGUCCUGCUUUCCACGGGAGCCGAUCCACGUGGGGGCCCCGGAGCGAGUCGUGGGCGUCCCGGUUACGGCCACCGUCCUGCCGCAGCUAAGCGCGGUGCCGGCGGCCAGCCCCAGCUGCGGCACCGUGCGCCUGCUGGAGUGGACCGAGGCCCCGGCCCCGCCUCCUGGGAGCGGCCUGCGGUUCCGGCUAAGCGAGUUGGCGCCGCUGAGCAUGGUGGGCGCCGAGCAUCCCCCGAGCCCCGAGCUGCGGCGGGAAGGCGCGGCGGAGUGCGAGGCUGGCGAGGCCCCGGCGGGAGGCGGCGGUGCUGUCGCCCAGCAGCCGGGCCUCCCCCAGGACCCUCCGGCAGAUCCCCGGCAGGACCCCCCAGAGGACGAUGGCUCCUGCCAGUGCGGGGCGUGGGGGCCGCAGCAAGGCGCGGAGCCCGGCGCGGGCCACGACGGCUGCGCCCCGCUGUUCCAGGAGCGGUCCGUCAUCGUGGAGAACUCGGGCCCCGCUUCCGAGCUGCUGAAACCCGUGAAGAAGAGGAGGCGCCGGGACUACCAGAGCCCGUCGGACGAGUCGGAGCCUGAGCCCACGGAGAAGCAUGAAGAAGGAAAGGAUUCAGAGGGACAACCGUCCACUAGCACCCCAGACAGUGAGGACUGGAGCAGCAGCCAGCCUGGUGACAAAACCGAGGUCAGCAGACGCUGGAGCUCUUUAUCCAGGGCGUCGCUGGGUGACAAGAAGGAAGGCUGGUCGUGGGAGUCGUACCUCGAGGAGCAGAAGGCCGUCACUGCCCCCGUCAGCCUCUUCCAGGAUUGCCAGGUGGCCCCCGAGAACAAGAAUGGCUUCAGACAGGGCAUGAAGCUGGAAGGCAUCGACCCCCAGCACCCGUCUAUGUACUUCAUCCUCACGGUGGCCGAGGUGUGUGGGUACCGCCUCCGUCUGCAUCUGGACGGUCACUCGGAGUGCCACGACUUCUGGGUCAACGCCAACUCCCCCGACAUCCACCCUGCCGGCUGGUUCGAGAAGACGGGGCACACGCUGCAGCCCCCCAAAGGUUACAAGGAGGACGAGUUCAGCUGGAGCCUGUAUCUGCGCAGCACCAGAGCUCAGGCCGCCCCCAAGCACCUGUUUGCGAGCCCGAGCCACAACCCCCCGCCCCUGGGCUUCCAGGUGGGCAUGAAGCUGGAGGCAGUCGACCGCAUGAACCCGUCCCUCGUCUGCGUGGCCAGUGUCACCGAUGUGGUGGACAGCCGCUUUCUGGUGCACUUUGACAACUGGGACGACACUUACGACUACUGGUGUGACCCCAGCAGCCCCUACAUCCACCCGGUGGGCUGGUGCCAGAAGCAGGGAAAGCCCCUCACCCCUCCCCAAGACUACCCAGACCCUGACAGCUUCUGCUGGGAGAAAUAUCUGGAGGAAACCGGGGCCUCUGCCGUGCCCACGUGGGCCUUCAAGGUGCGCCCCCCACACAGCUUCCUGGUCAACAUGAAGCUGGAGGCCGUGGACUGCAGGAACCCGGCCCUGAUUCGCGUGGCCAGCGUGGAGGACGUGGAGGACCAUCGGAUCAAGCUCCACUUCGAUGGCUGGAGUCACGCCUACGACUUCUGGAUCGACGCCGACCACCCCGACAUCCACCCGGCGGGCUGGUGCUCUAAGACGGGGCAUCCCCUGCAGCCCCCUCUCCGGCCCCGAGAACCCAGCCCCGCUGCCCCCGGGGGCUGCCCCCCUCUCGCCUGCCGGAGCCUGCCCCACGCUAGGACGUCCAAGUACAGCUUUCACCACCGGAAGUGCCCCACUCCUGGUUGUGACGGCUCGGGCCAUGUCACGGGCAAAUUCACGGCUCACCACUGCCUCUCGGGCUGCCCGCUGGCCGAGAGGAACCAGGGCCGGCUGAAGACGGAGCUGUCGGACACCGAAGCCACAGCCCGGAAGAGGCACCUCGCGGGCUUCUCCCUCAGGAAGAAGCCUCGCCACCACGGCCGGAUCGGACGUCCGCCGAAGUAUCGGAAGAUGCCCCAGGAAGAUUUCCCGACUCUGAGCGCCGACACCCUGCACCCGUCCCUCUUCCUGUCGGCCCUGUCCACGCACCCCGACCGCUCGCUCUCGCUGGGCUGGGAACAGCACUGCAAGCUCCUGCCGGGCGUGGCGGGCAUCUCGGCCUCCACCGUGGCCAAGUGGACCAUCGACGAGGUCUUUGGCUUCGUUCAGACCCUGACGGGUUGCGAGGACCAAGCGCGACUCUUCAGAGAUGAGGCGCAGCCCCAGGCUGGCAGGUUUGGAAGCCGCUGUCCCAGCUCGGACUCAGCCGGGCGCCCUGAGCCGCAGAGAAGCCGGCAGAGAGAGGGACCCGCCCGCGAGACGGCGGACAUCGUGAAGAUCAUGAGCGUCAAGCUGGGUCCUGCCCUGAAGAUCUACAACGCCAUUCUCAUGUUCAAAAACGCCGAUGACUCCCUAAAGUGACCGGUGGGGGCUGGGCCCCCUCCCGGCCUGCGGUGCCCGGCCUCUGCAGGGAGCCCCCGCCCCCAGGCCCCCUGUGACCCCCCCCCCACCGUAUCCCUCUUACCGAUGUGGUCUUCCCAGGAGGCCCGGAAGGAUGGAGUUCGCAGGCGAGGGUGGAGGGACCCCGAUGGCAGCCCCACGACACCCCCCCCCCCCGCCACCCCCAGCAGACUUGGCUUCUCCCCGGAAGGGGGUCUCUGUGCUGAGGAACAGCCCGUAGGGCCUCUCCUGGGCUCCGUGGGGGGCCGAGGCCUUGCUCAGGAGAGCCCCUGGGUGCCUCCGGAGCCCCCCACCCCGUGCUCCCCCAAGUCUCUGCUUCUCUCUCCCAGGGGCCCGCCUGCAGUCCCCCCCGUCCUGUCCUGUCCCUGGGUCUGCCCUGCUUCCCUGCGCAGGGCCCCCCGCCUCGGGCUCCCCAGCUGCCCGCCUCCCUUUUUUUUUUUUUUUGCUUUUUGGGUCACACCCGGCAAUGCACAGGGGUCAUUCCUGGCUCUGCACUCAGGAAUUACCCCUGGCGGUGCUUAGGGGACCAUAUGGGAUGCUGGGAAUCGAACCCGGGUCGGCCGCGUGCAAGGCAAACGCCCUACCCGCUGUGCUAUCUCUCCAGCCCUGCCCGCCUCCCUUUUGCCCACACGUGGGGAUCGGGCACUUGGCUCGUGGGUCGCGCCCCAUUCUGGGGGCGCUGGGCACUGCCAGUGAGGACCCACAGCGAGUCCCCGUCCAGCGAGUGAGGGACAGCGGCGGGCUCCCCCGGUACCGUCUACCCCACGGAACUGUUUCCUGCGCUGGGCAGGGCAGGGCGGCCCAGCAGGGGGGUGGCGGGCACCAGCCCAGGGCAGUGGGCGUGGCGGGCCGGUGGCCAUGCAGGGUGUCACCCGCAGUGUGGGGAGGAGCCUGGCCACAGGCCUCGGCCCUGGGAGCACAGCACCUGCCGCCCUCACCCUGAAGGCUGGGAGGGGGGACCCUGGAUCUUGUCACUUCCUGAAGCCCCUCCCCCUCUGCUCCCCCACCCGCCCCCUGGGGUAGCUGCUGGGGAUCCGACCUUCCUGUCCACAUGGGGGGCACUGGCACCCCAUGUCACUGCCAGACCCGUCCCCCAGCCUGUCCAGGGAGGGUCCGGGAGAGGCCCCCCGCCCCCCCGCUCCCCGCAGGAACUGGGCCCCAGCGGCAAGGGGGGGAGGGUGAGGGACACUUGCAAGGCCCCGACCCCAGGGCCCGAGCUGGGCCUGCCGAGUGUGGGGGACCCAGUGCCCAUCCACAUGGGGGUCCCCGCUCGGUGCUUUGCAGGGUGGCCGGAGGCCAGGUGUUGGGGAAAUGGGGCAGGUGAAGCUUUAUGCCUGCCUGAGACAGGAGGAGGCCCGGGGGCUCCCCACGCAGCCUGGGGGGGCGCCCCUCUCCACGGGGACCCCCUUCCGGCCGGUAGGUGCUGUUCUAAGCACAGCCUUGGGGAAGGGGCUGGCCCGGCCAGCUGGGCUCCAGGGCAGGAGAGCCCUGACCCUGGUGGGGAGGGGCUCCCGUGGGCCCUGCGCUCUCCGCACCCACAUCCACGGCUCCGAGAAAGCAGAGGGGAGGGGAGGAGGGCGCUGCCUUCUGCUACCCCACUGCCCUUCCAGAGGCCCUGCCCCGCCCCCAGGAGACGGUGGCACCUGGGCCUGGGAGCCCAGAGGGAGCCGGGCUGGGGUCUGGGCCAGUGCCCGGCACUGCCUGUGCUUCGGCCGGACGCUGGGUCCUGCCCAGGCCAAGGCCAAGGCCAAGGGCUGAGUGUCUGAAGCAGAGCAGACGCUCCCAGGGUCUGAGAAGGGGCCCUCGCACCUUCAUUCACAUGCACUUUCCGUGGGGUUGUCUUUCGUACUUGCGUGUGUGUGUGUGUGUGUGUGUGUGUGUGUGUGUGUAUCGAUGCCUGUGUGCGUGUUUAAGAGAAUCCUGUGAUUUAAACUGACUCAAGUGGGGGGAAAAAAUUACAAACCAUGAUGUGUUUUGUCAGUGAACCCACGUAAAUAAACUUGAACAAUUGA